CUCUCAGCGAAAUACUGUUUGCUGUUCAUCACCCCUAUGUUUAUCAAAUAAAAUUACAUUAUCUGCAUCGAGUGGUGGAUAAUUUACUGAUUGGAAGUUUCAGAGAAAAUCUUGAAGUUCUUGGCGUUAUACAGUAAGCACCAAGUUACACGAAUAUCGAUCGAAAGCCAAAACAAAAAGAUUUAACUAAUCCUUGCGAUCGUCAAGAUGCCCGGAGGAGCAUGCAUCCACUGGUUCCGCCAUGGAUUACGUCUCCAUGACAACCCGGCUCUGCUAGAGGGCAUGACCCUAGGGACGGAGUUCUAUCCCAUCUUCAUUUUCGACAACGAAGUGGCAGGUACAAGCACAUCUGGGUUCAACCGAUGGCGUUUUCUUCACGAUUGCCUGGCGGAUAUUGAUGAGCAGUUGAAGGCAGGCGGAGGGCGACUGUUUGUGUUUCAAGGAGACCCUUGUCACGUCUUCAAAGAAAUGUUCCUUGAAUGGGGUGUCCGCUAUUUGACCUUUGAGAGUGACCCGGAACCCAUAUGGACGGAGCGAGAUUGUAAGGUCAAGGCACUUUGCAAGGAGAUGAACGUUGAGUGCAUCGAGAGGGUCUCUCACACUCUUUGGAAUCCUGAUCACAUCAUUGAGAAGAAUGGAGGGACACCCCCGAUCACGUAUUCCAUGUUCAUGGAGUGCGUGACGGAGAUCGGGCACCCGCCACGCCCCAUGCCGGACCCAAUUUUCACCAAAGUCAAAAUGAAUGUUCUGGCAGACUUCGAAGAGCGCUUUAGCCUUCCAAGUCUUGAAGCACUGGGAGUGAGAUUAGAAUGCCCGGAGCAGGAGAAAAAGGUGUGGAAAGGGGGCGAGACCCGCGCCCUGGAACUCUUCCGGGUUAGAAUUCUACAUGAAGAAGAAGCCUUCAAGGGCGGUUACUGCCUUCCGAACCAGUACAUGCCUGAUCUUUUGGGUACCCCCAAGAGCCUGAGUGCCUACCUGCGGUUUGGCUGCUUGUCAGUGAGGAAGUUUUACUGGAAGAUACAUGACACAUACUCAGAACUGAAGAACGAGGUAUCGCCGUCCCACCUGACAGCCCAAGUGAUCUGGAGGGAAUACUUCUACACCAUGUCGGUCGGGAAUAUACACUUCAACAAGAUGAAAGAGAACCCCAUCUGUCUCAAUAUUGAGUGGAAGAAGGAUGACGAGAAACUGGAGGCGUGGACGGAGGGUCGGACUGGUUAUCCUUGGAUUGACGCCUGCAUGAAGCAACUCAAGUAUGAGGGAUGGAUACACCAGGUCGGAAGGCACGCCACUGCUUGCUUCCUCACUCGGGGCGAUCUUUGGAUCAGCUGGGAAGAUGGUUUACGGGUCUUUGACAAGUACCUUUUGGAUGCCGACUGGAGUAUCUGCGCAGGAAACUGGAUGUGGAUCUCCAGCUCUGCCUUUGAAAAGUUCUUGCAGUGUCCCAACUGCUUCUGUCCAGUUCGCUACGGUCGCAGGAUGGACCCUACUGGGGAAUAUGUCAGGCGAUACCUGCCAGUGUUGAAGGACAUGCCGAUCCGGUACCUCUUUGAACCGUGGAAGGCACCGAGGGCUGUGCAGGAACGAGCCAAGUGCAUUGUGGGUAAGGACUACCCAAUGCCGAUCGUGGAGCACAAAUCGGCCUCUGCGGCCAACACAGAGCAGAUGGAGAAAGUGAUCAACAGACUCAGAGAUUCAGGCAUCGUCCACUGUGCUCCGUCAACUCAGAAGGAAGUCCGAGAGUUUGUCUGGUUACCGGAGAAGAUGGCCGGUGGCGGAUCGUGCCGGGCCGACCAAAACUGCGAGGGCAUUCUAGGACUGUAAUCCCAAACCGGACGUGGGCCCGCCGUGCUUGCCGACCAUGCACCCAUGUCUCAAGCACAAACUUGCUCGUUCAUUUGUGAGGAUGCGUAUUGUCGUCGAUGUAUCGCAAUGGCAGUGUUUCGAUAUGUACAAGCUUGCUCGCAGGUGCUAAUGGUUUGAGUGUUUCGUUUGCACUUUGUAUGCUGUCUGUUCCAUAUGAGUAGAAAUGCUGGCCAAAUGUGCUUUGGAUUUUUUAUUGUUUGAUAAAGCUGGUUGCACAUCGUGGUACAUGUCCGUCAAAGCACAGCAACACCGUUUUGUGUCCAAGUACGGAAGAACACAAAUGCUUCUCAUGUGUUGGUUGCGUUAAAAAUGCACAUUGCAUGUGUCAAUUAUUCAAAAUGACUUUUGUCACUUUUGACGAAAGAUGUGUAGUCAAACAAAUUUCGCACCAACAUCUAACAGAAUCUGACAGGUUCAAAGUUUUAUGCAGUUUGACGACGAUAAAUGUCCCUCGCUUCUACGCGACGCUUUUCACCUCGUACAGUUCGCCCACGGAAUGUUGGAGAUCUUUGCUGUUUAACCUGAUGGCUACGGGAACCGAAUGACACCUGUACAAACUCUAUGGGAAUUAGAGAAUUCGAUAUUCAAUGGGUUAACUUUAUUUGCAAUGUCAAAGCAAGUCUAAAUGCCUACAAAAACUUUGUGAGCGUGGCAGAAAGCUCCCAUUGCGAGUCAUUCCGUAAAUACUGAGAAUUGUCUUCAGCAGAGAGUCAGAGGCAAGCUCUUUGCUGCUCACUCCUGAAUAUGCGAAUGCAUUUAUUGCAGGGUUUUUUGCUGAUAUUGUCUUAUGUAUAUGAUUUUAUACAUAAUUAUCAUAUAUUGCCUAUACACGUAGUACUUGUGUGCUCUUAAUAUGUUUAAUACAUGUAUGUGUGUUAUAUUGGUCAUUUAUGAAUCUACAUGUAGUUGGAUAUUGUUAUUCGUGAUAAUAGAUAAUCAAAAGAUAUUGAGUGUGAGGUAUAUGAGAAUUCUGCACAGAAUGUUAUAUCUAUAAAUAUAUUUUCCCAUGAAGAGGUUUUGAUUAAGCUACAUGUGCAGUCAUCAAACUAGCCAAUUUUAAUGAAAAGUUAUACCAAAGAAAAUCUGAUCAGUAGAACACCAUGACCUAAUAGUGAAUUUUGAAAGUUUUUAUAUUUUUUUACCAUUAGUAAAUUUAGUGAUAUGUAUUUGCAUUCUAUUUCAAAGAAUAAAAAGAUUCAGGAUUCUAAUAAAAUGAGGUCCAGUCGUAAGGGUAACACCCCAUUUAGAUCAUCAUCGUUACUUAUUUUCGUACAUUUGAACGAUGAUGUACAUGAAACAACAAUACUUAGGAAUGUUUAAUGAUUUUAUUCAGUGCGAUUGCAAUUAUUGUUUCGCAUAUGAUUUCCUUUGAAAUGUCAACUUUGAAAGUAUAUGUACACAAACUAUUGUCUUCUGCUUUUAGUGAUGGAAAUACCUAUUAGCAUAGUCAAUUAUUCAUCUUAUUCAUUUAAAAUUACUCUGUUCGAUGACAGGUAUCGAAUACCCUAAGGUGAGGGUCCCGUAACACAAGGGUUAGCGAUUAAUCAUAUGCUUGAUUUAACGAUUGAUUGUACAUUGUAGUCAAUGCAAUCCAUCGUAGAAAAAUGUUCUACGAUCAUUGCUAAGCUUUGUGUUAUGGGCCCUUAAAGUACAGCUGUAUCGGAAUGAAAUAUCCAAGACAAUGAAAUAUGGCAUAAUUUUUUUUUAGUUAUGAUACUCAGAAUUGUCAUCACGUUUUAUAAAUUGAUUUGUGUCAUUGAUAUUCUCGAAAAAAAAAUAGUGCAAUCAUGGUCUAUAUCAACUGUGUAUUUGUUUGGCACCUUGUGUACAAGUGCAUAUAGGAUUGCACCCAGUUCCUAUAUGUGCAUUGUAAUAUAUAUGUCAUGGCUGGGGGCUGUUUUGUAAAGCCGCCAGCAAGUUGCGCACGACUUUCUUGCACUUGACGGAUGACCCGGGCCCUGUCUUACAAAGAAUUACGGUUGAGCCGAUCAAC